AUGCGAAGCAAGUUCAAGGACGAACACCCUUUCGAAAAGCGCAAGGCUGAGGCCGAGCGCAUUCGCCAGAAAUACGCGGAUCGCAUUCCAGUCAUAUGCGAAAAGGUGGAGAAGAGCGACAUCGCCACCAUCGACAAGAAGAAAUAUCUUGUGCCAUCAGAUUUGACAGUCGGGCAGUUCGUGUAUGUCAUUCGCAAGAGAAUCAAGCUGUCGCCAGAGAAGGCAAUCUUUAUCUUCGUCGAUGAGGUGCUACCGCCAACUGCAGCUCUUAUGAGCAGCAUUUAUGAGGAGCACAAGGAUGAAGACGGGUAUGCGCCCCAGUGCUAA